AGUUUUUCUUCGGCUUCACUUGUGAGAAAUUCUUCAUCAGUCACCUUCUGUGGACCAUGUAACUUUUUAACCAAAGAAAGAAAAAAAAGACCACGUAACUUUGUAAUACAUGUAAAGGUUGGUCCUAAUUAACUAGCCAGCUCUGGAUUGUGGAUAGGAUCAUAUCAUUGAUGGAAAGAACAAGCAUUCCGGAGUUGCCACUUCUCGCCUCUCCAAGUUGUUAUAGUAUUCCGGUGCUAGGUCUAGGAACUGCUACAUAUCCUCCACCUGUCUACUCUGAUCUGAGUAGAGAAAAAGAAGCCAUUCUCAGUGCAAUCAAGGUAGGUUACAGGCAUUUUGAUACGGCAGCGGCAUACCAGACUGAGCAAGUUCUUGGUGAAGCCGUCGGUGAAGCUAUUUCUCUUGGCCUCAUUAAAUCCCGGGAUGAACUUUUUGUUACUUCCAAGCUUUGGCCCUGUGAUGCACACCCUCACCUUGUCCUCCCUGCCAUUCAGAACAGCCUCAAAAAUCUGAGAUUGGAGUACCUUGACUUUUAUCUGAUUCAUUGGCCUGUGAGUUUGAAGACGAGAAGCUACAACUAUCCUGUUAACAAAGAGCACCUUCUUCCUUUAGACUUUAAGGGCGUGUGGGAAGCCAUGGAAGAGUGUCAGAAGCAAGGGCUCACCAGAUCCAUUGGAGUCUCCAACUUCUCAUGCAAAAAGAUCGAAACUUUGCUUGCUACUGCGAAAAUCCCACCUGCAGUUAACCAGGUUGAGAUGAAUCCCAUAUGGCGGCAGCAGAAGGUGAGAGAAUUUUGUAAGACAAAGGGUAUAGUUAUCACAGCCUACUCUCCAUUGGGCGGACAUGGAACACCUUGGGGAUCAAACGCCGUUAUGGAAUGUGAGGUCCUCAAACAGAUUGCAGAAGCAAAAGGAAAAACUCUUGCUCAGGUUUGUCUGAGGUGGCUUUAUGAGCAAGGGGUGACUGUUGCGGUCAAGAGCUUCAAUAAGGAGAGGAUUAAAGAAAAUGUGGAGAUAUUUGACUGGGAGCUCAGUCCUGAGGAGCUGGAAAUGAUCGAUCAAAUCCCGCAGAAAAGAGGGUGUACCGGAUUUGAGCUCAUAGCCGAACAAGGUCCGUAUAAGUCUCAAGAAGAAUUCUGGGACGGAGAAAUUUAAAAUUGAGUUUAGGCUAUUCUUCAAUCCUCAUUUGCCCUGGUUAAUUUUGUCACUGUUACGAAUGUCAUAUGUAAAAUGAGAAACAUUUGAUGUUGCAACGAUUUCUUUCACAAUUUCAAGAAACUAUUAUAUUUACACUUCUGAAUUCGUAUGCACCCUCUAGAAAGUACGUAGAGACAAGGUCUAGUAUACUUGGGCUCAACAGGGCCAGAAGAAGGGACACCAAGGCCUACAAGAAUAAUUGAGAUAUAGAUAGUGAUCCCAGAUCACUCAUCUUGUCCCGCAUGCUAGUUUUUCAUUGGCUUCACUGUGAGAAAUUCUUCAUCGGUCACCUUCUGUGGACCAUGUAACUUUGUCACAUGUUUGGUCCUAAUUAACUAGCCGGCUCUGGAUUGUGGAUAGGAUCAUAUCAUCAA